CCUCUACGUGAAACCUGCGUCAGUGUGCCGCCUUCUAGAAAUUAUACGGCUUCGGCAGUCAGAAAGAAAGAGAAAAUGGCCAGUCAGUCCAUGGAGGUUGUUGCAAAGGCUCUGGAGCAGCAGGUGCUGCAGUCGGCACGGAUGGUGGAAGAGCAGCUGGAUGCUGAAUUGGGCAAGUUGGAGCGCAUGGAUGAAGAUGAUCUGGAGCGACUUAAGGAAAGAAGGCUUGAGGCCCUUAAGAAAGCUCAGAAACAGAAGCAGGAGUGGAUAUCUAAAGGACAUGGUGAAUACAGAGAGAUCCCAAGUGAGAAGGAUUUCUUUGCUGAGGUGAAAGAUAGCAAAAAUGUGGUCUGCCAUUUCUACAGAGAUUCUACCUUCAGAUGCAAAAUUUUGGACAAGCAUCUAGCUAUUUUGGCGAAGAAACAUCUGGAAACAAAGUUCAUCAAACUAAAUGUUGAGAAGGCUCCAUUCCUAACCGAGAGGCUGAGGAUUAAAGUCAUUCCAACACUAGCUCUGGUGAAGGAUGGGAAGACUAAAGAUUAUGUUGUAGGUUUCACCGAUCUGGGCAACACAGAUGAAUUCCCUACUGAAAUGCUGGAGUGGAGACUUGGGUGCUCAGAUAUCAUUAACUACAGUGGGAAUCUUUUGGAGCCACCAACUAUUGGACACAAGUCAGGGUCAAAGUUCACCAAGGUGGAGAAAAAGACCAUCAGAGGCAAAGGUUAUGAUUCGGACUCUGAAUCUGAUGACGACUAGAGGACAAAAACAUCAAGCUCCGUUUUUCUCAGGGCUUCCUACAUUAACAGUCCUAAGUCUUGUAACACCGCUUUGUGGUCACUUUUUUUUUUUCA